AUGGCUAUAAUGUAUAUACUUGAAAAAGAAUUCGACAGUAUUGAUAAAAAUUCUGAUGGAUUUCUAAGUAGAGCUGAAAUUAUUAGCUGUUUGGAAAGUUUUGGUUUUCCUAAAAGUCAAGCUGAAGUUCUGGAACAGUCUAUUAAACCCGAAACGAGUUUAGUCUCUGUCAUAGCUGUUAAUAAUGAGAUAGGUGUCCUACAGCCCAUUGAAGAAAUUGGAAGACUACGUCGAAGUAGAGGGGUUUUCUUCCAUACUGAUGCUGCACAAGCUUUCGGAAAAGUGCCAAUUGACGUCAAUGCUAUGAAUAUUGAUCUCAUGUCCAUUAGUGGUCACAAGAUAUCUGGUCCUCAGGGAAUUGGUGCUCUCUACGUAAGUCGUCGAACCAGGGUUCGAUUAGAAGCUCAGCAAAGUGGAGGUGGACAGGAACGUGGGUUAAGAUCUGGUACUCUUCCUACGGCCUUAGUUGUUGGCUUAGGUGAAGCAAGCCGUUUGUCCAGCGAGGAAAUGAAAUAUUUUCUUAUGUCUGAAAUGAUCAAUGUAAGUAGACGAGGUUAUGUCAACUCAACUGUAUUAACAAAUACAAUGUUAUGUACAGCUUGUCAGUUGUCUUUUGAAAACAUUUCCGUCCAUACUAAUUAG